AACUUCCGCCCUCCUCUAAGAUGGCGCCGACGGAAGGUGCCAAUCGCCAUCCGCUGGCGAUGGCGAGGUCGCGGCUGGAGCUGAACCUGGUGCGGCUCCUGAGUCGCUGCGAAGCGAUGGCGGCGGAAAAGCGGGACCCGGACGAGUGGCGUCUAGAUAAGUACGUGGGCGCCCUGGAGGACAUGCUACAGGCCCUGAAAGUGCAGACCAGCAAGCCGGCCUCCGAGGUAAUCAGCGAAUACUCCCGCAAAGUGGACUUUCUGAAAGGGAUGCUGCAGGCUGAGAAGCUGACGUCUUCCUCUGAGAAGGCAUUAGCCAACCAGUUCCUGGCCCCUGGCCGCGUGCCCACCACAGCCAGGGAGCGGGUGCCUGCCACUAAGACCGUCCAUCUGCAGUCCCGGGCCCGAUACACCAGCGAGAUGUGCAGAGAACUGCUGGGCACGGAGUCUUCCAGAGGUGAGUCACAUGGACAGGACUACACGGCUCCCCAGUGGUCCUCCACACCCCUCUCACCUACUGGCUUCCCUGUGCUCUGCACCCCUUCUGCUUGCCAAGCUUCCUGCUGCUCCACACCUCAAAAUGAGCCUGAGAUGGACGUAAGGAAGAGAACUGGGGUGCCAGGACCCAGACCUACAGACGAGAAACAGUCAGCAGCAGAUCUGGACCUCGUCCUCCAGCAACACCAAGACCUUCAGGACAAGCUGGCAGAGGAGAUGCUGGGCCUGGCCCGCAGCCUCAAGACCAACACACUGGCUGCCCAGAGUGUCAUCAAGAAGGACAACCAGACUCUGUCACAUUCACUCAAGAUGGCAGACCAGAACCUGGAGAAGCUGAAGACGGAAUCGGAGCGGCUAGAGCAACAUGCUCAGAAGUCAGUGAACUGGCUGCUGUGGGUCAUGCUCAUCCUUGUGUGCUUUGUGUUCAUCAGCAUGAUCCUGUUCAUCCGCAUCAUGCCCAGGCUAAAAUAAACCACGCUGCCAACUCCAGGCUCUGCCCCUCAGUGCCCUGCAGGGUGGGAUGCAUAUGCCCAUGGAGGUCGGACUGCAGGGCUUGCUUUCAUCCUGGUAUCUGCCUCUCCAUCACCUCCCAUCCCAGGGCUCUGGAGGUUGAGGCAUUGAGCUCUAGGGCAACGUGGGUUAUGGAGCAAAAAAAGGCCUCAAAACCCUGUCUCAGAAAGCAAAAGGCCUGAGAGAUGGCUCAUUGAGUAAAGAUGCUUGCUG